CGUCACAAAAAGGUGCCGAGGGCGCCUCCUUCCGGCAUCGCUGUUGACCAUAAUCCUGUCUGUCCGCAUCUACAUCCUCACCCACUACAUUCAUUGUUUGCCCUGAUAGCCUCGCUAACCUUCAUUUCGAGCUGUCGCCUCGGAAGUCUCCGGCACUAUCCACUGCGUCGCUGUAGCCAAGCUUCAGCGCAGUCGCCAUCAUGGCUCUUGCUUCACAACCACCCGCGAAGUACAACCCGCGUCCAUUUUAUUUCGAGAUCUUUGAAGAGACACAUCCCUUUUAUACUUGUGGUGAUAAAGUCCGAGGCGUCCUGCGCGUAGACCCCACUCUCCGUCCUAAAAACGUCAGCAUCAGCUUCAAAGGCAUCUCUUUCCUCUACGACACAAACGCCCAAGAAGCGGCACCAGUCUUCUUCAAUCACAAGAAAGAUCUAUUCCAGUCUUCAGGAGCACAUGAGAACUUUGACAUCCUACAGAGAGGUACAGCCAGCGAUGGAAAGGUAGUCCUACCCUUCGAGUUCACCUUUCCCCACACGUGCGAAUUACCUCCGCCAGCCGACAGAAACUGGCGGUACUCCAAGGAUUCAAUUGACCAUCCUCGUUUUCAACACUCCCCUGGUUUCGUCAUACCGCCAAGUUGCACAGGCCUUGUUCCAACCAAGGCACCCAACGCCCCCAAAAUUACCUAUGGCCUUGAAGCGUGCUUGGACUCUGUCAACACUGAAAACCCUCGCAUCGUAGUGCGACACGAACUCAAGUUUUUGCCUCCGGCUCCUGAGUAUGAUCUGUCUCUUUUGCAACCUGAUCAUCAUCUUGGCACAAGUUGCUCCCUGGUUAUGAAGAAAUGCAGUAAACUCGGGAAAGUCAAGGACAUGCUUGUAGAGAAGGAACUGUUCUUCGGUCUCCACAGCUAUGGCGAAGUUCCAUUUGAUCUCCUGUACCUCUUACACUCACACUUCAACACCUCGAUCGAUCAUCUUCCCUACCCACCCCACCAGAUGUCCUCAUGCGACGCAUUCCGCGUGCAGUUGCUGCCUGUUUACAGCAUCUUUGUACCCCGUCCCGGACAUGGUAACAGUUUCAGGAAAGAGAUUGUGGACAUUGCCCGCGACACAUGGACACUCUUUGACAGGAAGUUUGACGAGGGCAAUGGUCAGCUGCUUCACGAUGGACUCAAACUUUCUGAUCUCGGAGACGCGAGGUUAGCACACGAUAGGCUUUUGCCAAGCUUCACGAGUUACGGGUUGACUUUGGAGUACGAGCUUCAGGUAGAAAUCUGGGGCGAGUGCGCUAAACACGAAUUUUCCGGGCUUGCCUCUAAGACCCAGGUCCAAAUCGUGACUGGCUGGAACAUGGCUCAUCCGCAGGGCAAUGCAGAUUUGGAUAUGGGAUCGAUGGCAGAGCUCGACUCGAGGCCGGAAUACCAUGAAAUCGACCCGAUGAGCCCGCGUUACGACCUCGACCCAGCGGCAUUGCACGAGUUGGAAACUGACACAGGACCACGGCCAUUCAACAUAGCAGCCCUGUCACCUCCACCACUGGUACCAGACCAACGGCCAUUACCACCGCCCUACAUGGGAUAG